AGCUCUCCAAGCGACAAGAUCUCGGCACAGUUGUUUCCACUAUAUUGCCAAUAUUUCGAUUGACUCGUUAAAUGAUGUCGCACCGAAAUGUACUUCUGCUGGUAAUGACAGAACCCCUGAAUGAGGUGCAGUGACGUCAGUGCGUGGGGCCAAGCGGCUCAGCCUGACAGUGAUCGAUGGGCACUUUGUCAUGCAUUACUUUUCAGGAACUGGGAAGGAGUCAUGUGACGUGACUGUGGGGUAAAAAGAUCUAACAAAUGAUCCAAUUAACUGUGUGGAAAGUCUUACCUUGCCAGGCUUGCUGUGGUGUGUGAGUCGCACGCAUGGUGUGGGGGGAUGUUAGGAGAGAGAGGCCUAAUUGUCUGCAGUCACAUAUCCUAUCUCUAGGUAGUCAGUGUCCAUGGAGACUAACCAUAGCUUGUAGGCUUUCAUGUUCUUUUUUGUAACACAUAGGCUUUACAUUUCUUUCCAGUUUUGAUUCAAAAAUGCUGUCUGGCUUGUUGGUUAAUGAAUGAUUGUUUCACUGCUGGCCGCUGGUUUGCUUUGACUUCCCCGGUCGUUUGUUUGCUUUGGUCACCGCUGGCCCGGCACAGCGGACCGGAACGAAGCCAUCUAAGCGUGAAUGCACGAUUUCUCAGUCUUUCCGGCUGAAGUGGGUUCAGGCUGGGAAGGACCUUUAAGGAGGCCUUUGGAAAAUCAACAGUAGGCUAAUGUCAGUGUUAUUUAAAUGGAACUGAUAAGUUACAUUUAUUUCUUUAUUUGUUUACAUAAAUUAUGCACCAGUCUCAUUGAGUAGUCAGGUUACUACAGCCAUCUGUGAGCGUCAUUAAGUAUAUUAUCCAUUAACUUUGGUAAUUCCCUAAGUCUUUAGCUCUCUUUGCUGUGGAAGGAAUUAAUGAAUCUACAGCUCCCACAUUUCAUAAAGGUAAUGAGUAAUGGUGAUAUUUCAGAUGGUGAUAUUUCCUAAUGAUAUUUCCAUACUUGUAGGUAAAAUCACUAACGUUUUUGAGAUGCUAAGCCCAGUUAAAUGCCAGGUCAAAGGUCACACUGAGUGUCAGUUCCACCCUGUUGCUCGUACCACCAAAGUACACAGCUUUGCUGUAACGCAGUUGCAGUCGUAACAGGACAUGCCUGAGCUUCCCCAGGUAAAAAGGAGAGGCUAUUCCCGACUUUAUGCAUCAGAGAAACCUAAAUGCCAUGCAGGGAAAUUGAGGGGGAGGGAACUAGAUUUAUGUUCAGGCUGGAAAAUGAUUAACUUCAGAGAUGUCGGAAGACAUCACUCUAAACCAUUUCAGCCCAUUGCUACUCUGCUGUCUUGCUGGGGGGAAGAACAGGCGCAGUUUCUGAGCAAAUCAAAAUCCGACUCGGUCAAGGUGUAUGUACAGCGAGUGAAAGGGGGGGGCCCGGUUCCCCAUUAAAAGCAGGGCAAGUACAGACACCUUCAGAAUACCAGAACGACCUUCCAGCUCAGCGACCGCCUCGCAGAAACACAUCACCUCAAAGCGUGGAAGAACACAGUUGUUCCUGAAAUCUGCGGAACGCGAGCCAUUUUCAGGGACGGCCGUCCCCGAGAGCUGAAGGGCAUGUCGCUCCUCUGAAGUGGCUGGCUCGCCAUGAUGCGCCCCCGCCUCGCCGGGAUGACUGCACCAAAGGAAAUGGCAGAGAAAUGGCUGAGGGUGUUAAUGCCCUGGAGAGGAGGCCAGUCGCCCCCAAGCAAAGACCCUAGACAAGAGGAGGAACGGCGCGUGAAAGCCAAUGACCGCGGCUACAAUGAAAAGUUUCUGUACGCCGACAAUCGCAUCAAAACAUCAAAGUACAACAUCUUCACCUUCCUGCCCGUCAAUUUGUUCGAGCAAUUCCAGCGUGUUGCCAAUGCCUAUUUCUUGUUUCUGCUCAUAUUACAGCUCAUCCCCCAGAUCUCAUCGCUGUCCUGGUUCACCACCAUUGUGCCUUUGGUGUUAGUGCUGACCAUCACGGCUGUGAAGGAUGCUACGGAUGACUACUUCCGUCAUAAAAGUGAUCAGCAAGUGAACACUCGCCAGUCUCAGGUGCUCAUCAAGGGAAAGCUGCAGAAUGAGAAGUGGAUGAAUGUCCGUGUGGGAGACGUCAUCAAGCUGGAGAAUAAUCAAUUUGUGGCUGCUGACCUGCUUCUCCUGACCAGUAGUGAGCCUUAUGGACUCUGCUACAUAGAGACAGCUGAGCUGGACGGGGAAACCAACCUGAAGGUGCGACAGGCUCUGUCAGUGACUUCAGAACUGGGAGCUGAUAUUAGCAAGCUGGCUGAUUUUGAUGGGGAGGUUGUGUGUGAGCCACCCAACAACAAGCUGGACCGAUUUGUGGGGACGCUCACCUGGAAGAACAACAAGUAUUCCCUGGACAAUGAGAAGCUGCUGCUGCGGGGGUGCGUGCUGCGCAACACUGAGUGGUGCUUUGGGCUGGUUGUCUUCGCAGGACCACAGACAAAGCUAAUGCAGAACUGUGGGAGGACGGCGUUCAAAAGAACCAGCAUCGAGAGACUGAUGAACACUUUAGUGUUAUGGAUAUUUGGGUUCCUUCUGUGCAUGGGUGUCAUACUUGCCAUUGGGAACUCCAUCUGGGAAGAAAAGGUGGGCGGAAAGUUCCGGGUGUACCUGCUGUGGGACGAAGUGCUGAACAACGCCGUCUUCUCUGGGUUUCUGACCUUUUGGUCUUACGUAAUCAUCCUCAACACAGUCGUUCCAAUAUCCCUCUACGUCAGCGUGGAGGUCAUUCGGCUGGGCCACAGCUACUUCAUCAACUGGGACCGGAGGAUGUACUACAGUCGGCGGGACAUGCCGGCGGAGGCGCGCACCACCACGCUGAACGAGGAGCUGGGCCAGGUCGAGUACAUCUUCUCGGAUAAGACCGGCACCCUCACGCAGAACAUCAUGGUCUUCAACAAGUGCUCCAUUAACGGAAGAACCUAUGGUGACAUUUACGAUGAAUUCGGGCAUAAAGUGGAAAUCACAGAGAAAUCCCCCUGUGUCGACUUCUCCUUCAACCCCCUGAGAGACAAGAAGUUCCGAUUCCAUGACCACAGUCUGGUGGAAGCUGUCAAGCUGGGUGAGCCGGCAGUGGAGGAGUUCUUCAGGGUGCUGGCUCUGUGCCACACUGUCAUGCCCGAGGAGAAGAAUGAAGGGGAGCUGAUGUACCAGGCGCAGUCACCAGACGAGGGAGCCCUGGUGACUGCCGCUCGCAAUUUCGGCUUCGUUUUCCGAGCCAGAACCCCGGAAACCAUAACGCUGUGCGAAAUGGGAAAGCACUCCACCUACCAGCUUCUGGCCAUCUUGGACUUCAACAACUUCCGCAAGAGGAUGAGCGUCAUCGUCAGGAACCCAAAGGGGCAGAUCAAGCUGUAUUCAAAGGGAGCUGACACCAUCCUGUUCGACAGGCUGGCUCCGUCCACUGAAGACCUCAUGUAUACUACCUCAGAACACCUGAACGAGUUUGCUGGAGAGGGCCUGAGAACGCUGGCUUUGGCCUACAAAGACCUGGAGGAAGACGUCUUUGCAGAGUGGAUGGUGCAGCUGCACGAGGCGAGCACUGCGCUGGAUAACCGCGAGGAACGCCUCGCUUUGCUCUACGAGGAGAUCGAACAGGACAUGACACUGUUAGGCGCCACAGCCAUAGAGGACAAGCUUCAGGAAGGUGUAGCUGAGACCAUCGCCUGCUUGACUCUGGCCAGCAUUAAGAUCUGGGUUCUCACAGGAGACAAAUUAGAGACAGCCAUGAACAUCGGAUACUCCUGUAACAUGCUAAGGGACGACAUGAGCGACGUGUUCGUAAUCACCGGGCACACGGCCCUGGAGGUCCAGCAGCAGCUCAGGUCAGCCAAGGAGAAGAUUCUUGGCCCCACGCGGGAGAUUGCUAAUGGCGAGAAGGACUUGGAAAAAAUGGACCUUUACAGGAAUGACUCCGUCUUUGAAGAAACGAUCACGUCGGAGUAUGCAUUAAUCAUAAAUGGCCAUAGCUUGGCCCACGCCCUCGAGGCUGAUCUGGAGCGCCUCCUGCUGGACACAGCCUGCCUGUGCAAGACCGUAGUUUGUUGCCGUGUGACGCCCCUGCAAAAGGCCCAGGUGGUGGACUUGGUGAAGAGACACAAGAGGGCCGUCACGUUGGCCAUCGGGGACGGCGCCAAUGACGUUAGCAUGAUUAAAACGGCCCACAUCGGCGUGGGCAUCAGUGGACAGGAGGGCAUGCAGGCCGUGCUGGCGUCAGACUACUCCUUCGCCCAAUUCCGCUACCUGCAGCGCCUCCUGCUGGUCCACGGCCGCUGGUCCUACCUGCGCAUGUGCCGCUUCCUUUGCUACUUUUUCUACAAGAACUUCGCUUUCACCCUGGUGCACUUCUGGUUUGGCUUCUUCUGCGGCUUCUCUGCACAGACCGUAUACGACCAGUGGUUUAUCACACUCUUUAAUAUAGUCUACACAUCCCUGCCAAUUCUUGCUAUGGGACUGUUUGAUCAGGAUGUGAACGAGCAGAACAGUCUCCGGCACCCCAAGCUGUAUGAGCUGGGCCAGCUGAACGUGCUGUUCAACAAGCGUCAGUUCUUCAUGUGCACCCUGCACGGCAUCUACACCUCCUUCGUGCUGUUCUUCAUUCCCUACGGGGCCUUCUCCAGCAACGUCAGGGAUGAUGGCUCCCACAUCGCAGACCAGCAGUCAUUUGCCGUCACCAUAGCGACAUCCCUGGUGAUCGUUGUAAGCGUCCAGAUUGGACUCGACACUAAUUACUGGACUGCUGUGAAUCAUUUCUAUGUGUGGGGGAGCCUGACUAUUUACUUCUCUAUAUUGUUCGCUAUGCACAGUAAUGGUAUUUUCACUAUAUUCCCAAGCCACUUCCCUUUUGUUGGCACUGCACGCAACACCCUGACCCAGACGGGCGUCUGGUUGGUUAUUCUCCUCACCACUACAGUGUGUGUCAUGCCUGUUCUGGCUGUGCGAUUCCUGAGAACUGAUCUCUACCCAACUAUGACUGACAAGGUGCGCCACACUCAGCAGGCCAGCAGGAGGCAGCGUCCACAGGAGCAGAACCUGAAGCGCGUGCGGCGGACCAGCUCGCGCCGGUCGGCCUACGCCUUCUCCCACCAGGAAGGCUACGGGGAGCUGAUCACGUCGGGGAGGAACAUGAAGGUGGCCGUUCCCGUCUUCAGUCUUCUGAGGAAGAGGGGGGAGCCGGCCACUGGCGCUACUGUGGUGCCCUGGAGCAGUGGCUCAGGAACCAGGGAAGGCGAGAACACGCAGGGCCAGUAAGGGAGCACUCACACCCCUGGAGGCGCCAUCCAGAUGGAAACACUGACUCCAGCUCAGUUUCUGAGGAGUAUUUGGGCAGUACUUUAACUCCUUCUGGCCACUGUGUUUUUACUAUUGCAAGUGCUGCACAAAUAGCCCAGCAUCCCUUUUUAAAGGCAGCAUUUGAACCAGGUGUUGCACUGUAAAAUACUGGCAAGAUUAUUGCCACACUCUCAAAACAAUGCGUUUUUAGUACAGUGAAUGGUGUCAUACUGGUGGUUCUCCUACGCGAGGCUAAAUGGCCAUAAAGUGUGUGCGGCCAGUUCAGUUUUAUUUGGUCAUGUGACCACUGGUGUGACAUUUUUGCUGGGUAUUGCAGUUGGCAGACAGCAGAGUGUACUGUAAAUAAUUUUCACCAACCUCAGCUAAUGAGCUACAGUUGUCAGACUGGGUACUUCAGGGGAACACACUAAACAUCUGGAAAGACUUAAGAGUUAAGUCGUUACAACCGAAAGUUAGAGGAUACCACUUAAAGAAGGCCUCUUUCAGCACAACUAAUAUAAUAAAUUGCCUUUGUAAACAUUUUUAUCUUCAAAAAUACACAAUUUUGUCAGCUUUUGCAGAUGGCCAGUGUUGUCGGCGUAAAAUUUUUACUCCAUGCCAAUCGGUUUGGCUUGCUGCUUCCUGCCUCCUACCCCGGUGAUAAAUGAACAAUCGGCGAGUAUCAUUACGGUGCACAGAGAUCCGAAUCAGCAAAAACGCAAGAAGGAUCUCGAAGGGACUGCAGGCUGCUUCAAGACACGCCUUCAGCUGAUUCCCGAAAGCUCCUGGGAAAGUCACUGGAAAGUCCCACUGUGUGAACAUCGGUGAGAAGCUGCUCCCUGCACGUGUGUGUGGGGGUGGG